ACCCAUUAUCUUUAACUAAUUUGCUCAACCGAUCAACAAGGAUUACAAAAAAAUAAUCUUGUAAAAAAAAAAAAAUGGAGAAUACUAGAUAUAUAAUUUCUUACGUCUAUUGUCUUUCUCUAAACCUUUUAUUUGCUCACGAUACACAGCAUUAUCUUCCUUUGAUAAUUUUAACUCUGUCACGAUAUCAUAAUAAUCGCCACUAUUUAUUUUAUUUAAUUGUUCUUGAGUUUACUUUAAUUCAGAUUCUAAAAGAGAAUAUCAAAGAUUAAAACUUUUUUUUUUUUCCCAAACCAGCUUCAGAUAAAACAUUAUCUGAUUCUAUAUUAUGAAUUAUUUCCCAGGAUGCAUUUUCAUUCUUAGCAAUAACUUGAUGGUUAACAAUGGAUUUAGUUUUAGAAAUAAAAAUAUAAGAACCAUCAUUUUUAUUAUUUAAAUAAGAAUAAAGUGUCAUUAAAUUGCAUUUUAAUGAAG